AUUAUUAUUUUAGAACAUAAGAAAUUGAUGAUGGUUACGAGUAAUUAGGAUUUGAUUUGAUUUUGUCUUGACUUUAAGACGAUUAAUUAUAUAUUGAAAAUUGUACUAUGACUUUGCAGUAUUAAUUGACGGAUCUAACACCACGUAUACCGCGUGGAUGUGGACAAGAUAGGAAAUUGGCUAGGAGACAGUGUCCUGUUUCGGUAGAUUAAUUUCGUGGUGAAACAGUAUUUAUGAUAAUGAUGUUUGUCUGUGUUUGCUCUAUAAAAGAUGUGAGAACUGGAGGACUGGAGCAGGAGACGAACCAAGCAAGCCCAUCUCUCUCUCUCACUCCCUCGCUCGCUCGCUCGCUAUUUCGAAGUUGUUAAAGAAUUCAUACUACUCUUCUUCCUUCCGCUUUGCAUUUUGCAGUUCAGCCUCAAAUUUCUGUAUUUACAGGCAAGCAUUUUGAAGACAGAGUUGCACAAUGAUUGGUAGCUUUAUCUCAGGAUGGCUUCUGUUGUCGUUGCUCUUUACUAUGCUUGCUCUUAUGAAAAAGAAAAUAGAAUCAAGGAGACCUAUUGCUCCUGGUCCACCUAAGUUGCCUGUUAUUGGUAACCUGCACCAAUUGGGCUCAUUGCGCCAUCGCUCCCUAGCACAGAUGUCCAAGAAAUAUGGACCCGUCAUGCUCUUGCAGCUUGGUGGUGUUUCAACAGUUGUUGUCUCUUCUGCGGAGACUGCAAAACAGGUCAUAAAAGUUCAUGAUCUUGAUUGUUGCAGUAGACCCAGCUUGGCAGGCACUGGAAGACUUUCUUAUGAUUAUCUUGAUGUGGCUUUUUCUCCCUUUGGUGACUCUUGGAGGGAGCUGAGGAAAAUCUGUGUUCUUGAGAUUUUUAGCACCACAAGAGUGAAAUCUUUUCGAUUCAUCAGAGAGGAAGAGGUUGCUUCGCUGAUGAAAGUCAUUGCUCAAUCAGCUUCUACCAGUUCUCCUAUUGAUCUAAAUCAGAAGUUACUUGCUCUCACGGCAAAUGUGAUUUAUAGAGUUGGUUUUGGGACGCCUUUCCAGGGCAGUGAGAUUGAUAAAGAUAGAUUUUAUGAAGUGUUUUAUGAAGCCAUGGAAAUGUUAGGGAGCUUCUCUGCUGCAGAUUUCUUUCCUUUUAUUGGUUGGAUUGCUGAUAGGCUCUCUGGUCUGCAUGCUAGGCGUGAAAAAUCCUUCCAUGAUCUGGAUGCUUUCUACGAAAAAGUAAUAGAUAAUCAUCUUAAAAGCAAAAAAGUGGAGGGAAAAGAAGAUAUUAUUGAUGUCCUCCUCAAGUUGGAGGGGGAGAAAGUCGAAAUUGGGGAUAAGCCACUCAGCAAACAACAUAUUAAAGCAAUCCUUAUGGAUGUAUUUCUUGGUGGAACAGACAGUGCUGCACUUACCGUGAUUUGGGCCAUGACUGAACUGAGUAGAAACCCCAAAGUGAUGAAGAAAGUCCAAGCUGAAAUUAGAGAGAAGAUUGGAAACAAAGGGAAAGUCCAUGAAGAGGAAUUAGAUCAGCUUGAAUACUUGCAAUUAGUGGUGAAAGAAACUCUCAGACUACAUCCUCCAGGUCCAUUUCUACUUCCAAGAGAGGCCAUGUCUGAAUUUAAGAUCAACGGGUACACCAUAUACCCAAAAAUUCAAAUCCAGGUCAACAUAUGGGCGAUUGGACGGGACCCUAAUAUCUGGAAAGACCCUGAGGAAUUCAUUCCAGAAAGGUUCGAAGAUAGCUCCAUUGAUUUCAAGGGGCAGAAUUUCGAGUUGUUGCCAUUUGGUGGAGGACGAAGAGGUUGUCCCGGUGUAUACUUGGCGGUACUUAUGGUGGAGCUUGCACUUGCUAAUCUCUUGUACUAUUUUGAUUGGGAAUUGCCACAGGGGGUGAAGAAGGAAGAUAUCAGCACAGAGGAAACAACUGGUCUAGCUGCCCAUAAGAAGGAACAUCUCAAGCUUGUUCCAAUUAUUUAUAACUAUUGUCCAUAAACUCGUAUCAUCAUCCAUAUAUAUAUAUAUAUAUAUAUAUAUAUAGACAUUUCGUCUUUAUAUUUAUCGUCUAAUAUAGAUAUUGCAUCCUAAUGUUUCUUUAAGACCAA